UACACCGGUGCAACACUCUCUCUCUGCUGCGAUUUUGUUAGUGUGGGAGGGACACUUAUGGCACUUAUUGUAGCUCUCAGCUGUGAGCGGACUGUCAUGAAAUAGUUAAUCGUCAAGUCGUUUUCAGUUUCAUAUCGGUAUGGCGGAUCUAUUUAAAAGUGCACUUGGCUACUUAGGAACCAAUGGCGGCACGGCGGAAAAUGACUUUGUGGGACAGCAGGUGGAAAUCAACGGAAUUCGUCUUCGUAUAAAGAAGCUGAUAGCAGAAGGUGGUUUUGCCUAUGUAUAUGUUGCACAAGACAUUAGUAGUGGGAAGACCUAUGCUCUGAAGCGGCUGUUGGGUGCAGAUCAGGUUGCCUGUGACUCCAUUCGCCAAGAAAUUUCGGUAUCUAAGCAGCUAUCAGGACAUCCCUACAUUGUGGAGUUCAUAGCAGCAGCAGCCAUAGAUAAGACUCAGAGCAAAGAGAAUCGAAAUGAAUUCCUCCUCCUAAGUGAAUUAUGCACAGGAGGUUCACUUGUGGAUGCGUUGCGAAUUCUUGAGGGAAAAUCAUUAUCAGUGAGUCAGGUGUGCACAAUUAUGUAUCAGACUACAAAAGCCGUCCAGCAUAUGCAGGCUCAAAAUCCUCCUGUCACUCAUCGGGACCUGAAAGUGGAGAAUUUGCUCAUUAGUGAAUCUGGUCAUAUCAAACUAUGUGACUUUGGUUCAUCAAUGACAACGACUUAUUCAGUUGAUCUAGGAUGGAGUGCACAUCAACGAGCAAUGCUGGAAGAUGAGAUGGCAAAACACACCACACCAAUGUAUCGUGCUCCAGAGAUGCUAGAUACAUGGAAUAACUAUGCCAUUAAUGGUCAAGCGGAUGUCUGGGCUCUGGGGUGUAUCCUUUACUACUUAUGUUAUCUUAAACAUCCUUUUGAGGAUUCUGCUAAGUUAAGAAUUGUGAAUGGAAAUUUUGCCAUUCCUCCUAAUGAUGGCAAAUAUGAAUGCUUUCAUGAACUCAUAAGAGGUAUGCUUAAAGUGGACCCAAACCAGAGAUUUAAGGUAUCAGAUAUCUUGGAAAGAUUGGCUGCCAUUGCAGAGACCAAGGGUUUCGACAUGAAGGUCCCAUUAACUAUAAAAUGCAAGAAAAUUGAUUUAAUAUCCCCAGUGCAGCAGCUUGAAAGUAAUGGCAGGGUUAGUGACAGGCGCUCGGCUGUUCCUGACCGUCCCCCUGCCCGUCCCCCUGUUCCACGAUCUCCUUUACCUCAGCGACCGCCACCUCCAGGUUCUCAACCCCAGCAAGGCAUGAGUGGGCAAAAUGUACAACCUCAACAACAACCAGCUGCUGGUGGUGGUGGUUUAUUUUCCUCCAUUAAGGGGUACUCAGGCAGUAUCUUCAAGAACCUCAAGGAUACAUCUAGCAGAGUCAUGCAGACUGUUAGCCAGUCAAUAACUCGGACAGAUCUUGAUCUGUCUCACAUUACGUCACGUGUAAUUGCUAUGUCUUACCCAGCUGAGGGCUUGGAGUCGGCGUACAGAAAUCAUGUUGAAGAUGUUAAAGCGGUUUUGGAUGGGAGGCAUCCAGGCCAUUAUGUGAUCUAUAAUGUAUCUGGUCGUCAGUAUCAUUCAACAAAAUUCACUUCAAGAGUGGUUGAAGGAAACUGGUCAGGCAAAAAAGCCCCAACAUUAGGGGCUCUGUAUAACUUGGCAUGCAGUAUCCAUGAUUAUUUAGCUAAAGAUCCUAAAAACGUCGUAGUAAUCCACUGCAUUGAUGGUAAAGCUUCAACUGCAAUGCUGGUGUGUUCAUUCCUUCUGGUAUCUCAUGCUUUCAAAAGACCUGAACAAGCACUUAGUAUGUUUGCAAUUAAAAGAUGUCCACCUGAUCUUCAGCCAUCACAGUUCAGGUAUCUUGAGUAUAUCCGUGAUCUGGUGUCCUCUCCACCAACACUGCCACAUUUUAAGCCCAUGACCCUGACAUCAGUCAUUGUGUCACCAAUCCCAUUCUUUACACAGAGAAGGGAUGGAGCACGUCCAUAUGUAGAAGUUUGGCAGGGCGACCAUAAAAUGCUUUCAACCUUACAAGAGUAUGACCAUAUGAGACUGUAUAUGUCACAAGACAAUAAGAUCAUCAUACCUGUCAAUAUACACCUGGUGGGGGAUGUAUGUGUAUAUAUUUAUCAUGCUCGGAAGAUGAUGGGAAAGGUGAUAGGGGUGAAGAUUGCUCAGUUGCAGUUUCACACAGGCUUCAUUCCAGAAGAAGAUACCUCAUUAAAGUUUAGUCU